ACAUGAAUUUUAAAAUGAUUGUUAUUCUCCUUGGCUAUUCUCGAUAAUAAGUUAUAUUUCAAUAGUGUUAUUUUUCUAAUAUUUUUCUACACCAAAAAUCAAAACAUAAUUAAUCACUGUGGGAUCCACUGGGUGGGAAGUUGCUGUCUGAACGCGAGGCCGAAUUCCCCCUCACAUUUAACACCACUUGUGACUGGCCACCUACUACCAAGAACAUCACCUAAAUAAUUCUCUCCACUUCACCAGUUCCCUCCCAAGCGUAACAGUGCUUGUGAACUAAACUACACAGAAAAUGAACGAAGAUGAUGCACCGACAGUCAUCACAAUACCUUCAACAGUCACCUCCACCUCCACCUCCACCCCAACCACCAUCACCACAACAGUACUAAAGAGAGAAACCUCAGAAUCUAGUCUACUAUGUAAGACUCGUUACAAAUUCUGGGUCUUAUCUGCAAUCCUCCUCCUUGCUUUCUGGUCCAUGUUCACUGGCUCUAUUACUCUCAAAUGGUCCACUGGUGACCUCUCACAACACCCUGACAACCUCGGCUUCCAAACUCAAGAUGAUGUCGACAUUCUCGUGGUGGAGGAGAAGAAGAAACUGGUGUGGCGCAUGUGGGACGUGUACAAGCAUAGCAAUAGGGGUACAAGAUUGCCUCGAUUUUGGGAACGGGCUUUUCAAGCUGCUUAUGAGGCUUUAGCAAGUGAUGUGACUGCUGUUCGAGAUGCUGCUGUUUCUGAGAUUGCCAAGCUUUCUAUUAGCUCCACCAUCAAUCUUGAUGACCCUUUUCCUGUUCAAUCUACAACGCCGAAGGAGAAAAAUCUCAAGUCAGGAACGGAAAGUACUGAGGAAGUCUAGCCAACGGUAUUUUUCUCUUGCGAUCGCUGAAACUUCUUUCGGCCUGCUUGAAGCUUGGCAGAUGACAAAAGUAAAUAUCAUUUUUCAUCUACAGUCAGAUUGAAAGAGAUCAGUUGUUACUAGCUUGCAAGCUCCUGCUCCUCCUCUCUCGUCCUCCAUCAAUCUUCCCAAAUGACCUUUCUCAUCAAGAAUGCAAAGCUGAACUGCUCAAUAGGAUAAAUUUCCUUAUGAAAGUAAAAGCUGUACGUAUAUUUUAAGUACGUGUGUAAAUUACUAUACGUUAUUUAGCUUCUUUUUUUUGUCGUGCUGUAACUUUUUUUGUCGUGCUGUAACAAAACCAUGAAAUAAAAUUUCAUGAUACUUUCAUCGAUGCUGAAA